AUCCAUUUUCAUACCUGUGAACUACGACGCGCCUAAAUUUAUGCCGUGGCGGUUAGGGCAGUGACAAAAGGGGAAGCGAGACCGCCGCCACAUGCCUCCUGGCCUCCUACCUCGCGGCUGCCUCCUCCUCGUCGUUCCCCAUCUUCGCCGCCACUUGCCGGCGCUUUGUUCUACUCUUCGAAGCAGCCACUCGCAUAAGCGCCCCGCGGUUAUCUUCUCCCCCGUACGUGCCGUCUCCGGCUACUCCGCCAUGGCGGCUGGUUCGCCGGAGCAGCAGCAGCGGAGCGUUGUGGUCAAGGAGACUGUGGAGCUCACGGAGACGGAGGAGCGCAUCUUUCGCCGCCUUCUCGAGGUUGUUCGCCACUUCAGUCUCGGCACGCAGCUCCGCGUCGCCGGCGGAUGGGUCCGUGAUAAGCUAUUAGGGAAAGACUCCGCUGACAUUGACAUUGCCCUUGACAAUAUGACGGGUCAGAAUUUCUGUGAGAAAGUAAAUGAGUACUCAAAGUUGAUAGGGGAGCAGCAGAAAGGAAUCGGUGUUAUCCAAUGUAACCCCGAUCAAUCCAAGCACUUGGAAACUGCUAGGAUGCUUAUUCUUGACAUCUGGAUUGAUUUUGUUAACUUGCGGUCUGAAACAUAUACUGAAAACAGCCGUAUCCCUACAAUGGAGAUUGGUACUGCCAAGGAGGACGCAUACCGCAGGGACUUGACAAUUAAUAGCUUGUUCUUUAAUAUCAACAAUAACUCGGUUGAAGAUUUAACUGGAAGAGGUAUUGAGGAUCUCAAGAAGGGCCUUAUUGUUACUCCUUUACCCGCCAAAGCUACCUUCCUUGAUGACCCACUUAGAGUUCUUCGAGCAAUAAGAUUCGCUGCUAGAUUCAACUUUACAUUAGAUGAAGAUUUGAAGGAAGCUGCAUCUGAUGAAAAGGUGAAGUCAGAGCUUGGCACGAAGAUUAGUAGAGAACGUAUCGGUCACGAGAUUGAUCUCAUGAUGUCAGACAAACACCCUGUUAAAGCAAUGUGUGACAUCCGCGAUUUGGGGCUAUUUUAUGUUGUAUUUUCUUUUCCUGAAAAAUCCAACCCUCCUGUUUUUGACAAGUGUGAUUGGCAGUGUGUUUCACAUAUUGAAGCAGCUUGGGAUCUUGCAUAUUCUAUUGGCAGCUGUGUGUUCAGCAGUGGUUCUGACUCCAAGUCGCAGGAUGAGCGAAGAAGGCUGUACUUGUAUAGUGCAUUAUUCAACCCCCUCCGAAGUAUGUUCUACCUGGACAAAAGAUCUAAGAAGGCUCCUGUUUCUAGCUUUAUUAUCAAGGACUCGCUAAAGUUGAAAACCAGCGAUGCUGAAACGGUUGUCAACAUACAUGCUGCUAGCGAAAAGUUUGCUGAGUUGAUUCCUCUCCUCGAGUCAAACGCUGACGUGUAUGCUCUCAAAGAGAAGCUGGAAGAUGAGUACCUUGAGAUACCAGGAGACAGCGUGAAGCGUGUUUUUGCAGGGCUUAUACUCCGAGAAAUAAAGGAGUUUUGGCGGGUGGCGCUGCUUCUAUCCAUUCUCUUCUACCGAGAAACUGGAACUCCUGCUGGCACCCUCGACGAGCAGGACGAGCUGCGUCGGAGGAAAGAGAAAUACAUCAGAGCAGAGCGUUCCAUAACCGACCUAGGUAAAUUAACAAAUGAUGGUUGUGGAAUCUGCGGGUGGUUUUUUCCCCCAUACCUGCAAGCGCCGAGAUUUACUUUGUUCAUUCAUACGCUUGGUCAACUUUUCUGGUUUUACUGGUUCUCUGCUCCAGAUCUUGACGGGGUGUGGAAGCUGAAGCCGAUACUCGACGGGAAAUCGAUUAUGGGAGUCAUGCAGGUCAAGUCCGGAGGUCCACUGAUAGGAAAAUGGCAACAACGUGUGCUGAAGUGGCAGCUUGCGCAUCCGGACGGAACCGUGGACGAGUGCGUCGAGUGGAUGAAGCAGUCGCAGUCAAAACGACAGAAAGUGGAGUCCAGCACCUGAUAAUCAAAAUUGACAGUUUGGUCGUAGUCAGUUUUCAGAUAGGUUAGCAACUGCCUGCCCCUUGCAAACAGUUUUUUUGCGUAGACGGUGAACUCUUGCUGCUAAGACAGCCAGUUCUCCCUUGUUCGAAACCUGUCCUGAACGUAGAGUGAGAGACGAAAGAGAGAGAGAGAGAUGGUAAUCUAUAAUAUUAAAAUAUAGCAUGAAUAUAAUUGUCCUGAGCACAAAAAGAAAUAUAGUUGUCCUGA